AUGGGUACAGACGAUCGAAGCGGCCAAAUUCUUGGCGUGGCUAUUGCUUUCUUGAUUCCUACUGCUACCUCUACUGCAUUGCGUGUCUACACGAGAACCAAGAUCCUUCGCAGCCAGGCCGGUCGUGAUGACAUAGCCAUGGUAGGCGCAUUCGCCCUAUACCUCACCUACCUAGUCUGCCAACUCAUGGGCGUCGCACACGGAAGUGGCAAGAAGAGAAAGCUUCUGGACGAUGACACUGCACAGACUGGUUUGAUGUACUGGUUCUUCUGCGAAAUCACCUACACCCUCGCCACCGCAACCCUCAAAAUCAGCAUCGGCCUGUUCUUACUUCGUAUCGCCGUCGACCGCAUGCACAUCUGGAUCAUCCGCUGGAUCAUGAUUUUCAACGUCGUCUUUGCCGUUCCUUAUUGUCUGCUCGUCACCUUUCAAUGCCGACCCAUUUCCUACUGGUGGGAUCUUAAUCCUGAGCAUCAUGGUCAUUGCUUGUCUCCGAAAGUCAUUGUCAUCAACACUUAUAUCAUUUCGGUCCUGAACUCUGUGGCGGACUGGACGUUUGGAAUCUUGCCCUUCUUCAUUGUCAGGAAGUUGCAGAUGAAGAGACAGACCAAGGUUUUGGUGGCCAGUAUCUUGGGCUUUGCUGCUUUUACAGCAACCAUCAUCCGCACCCCCUUCGUCCACACCCUCAAAGACUUCAAAGGCGAGUUCCUCUACAACACGGCCGACGUCGCCAUCUGGACAACCGUCGAACUCGGCAUCGGCUGCACGGCCGCCAACGCCGCCACUCUACGCCCUCUCCUCUCCCGUUUCCGCUCCGCCUGGGGUGUUCCCUCUACGCAAACCGGCAGCAGACCACUCGGCAACACUAUCAGCGCCAGAGGAGGCAAACGCAGCAAAAAUCGCAUGGAUAUGGACGACCAAACCCUCGUUACCCUGGACGAAUUACGUGCUGGAGGCGUCGACGGCGGAAAAACUGAAGUCGUGAUUGCAGGCGGGUACCAGCAUGAACUACCACCCNUCCCCUCACCAGGCCUCGGCGCCUGGAAAACGAGAGAAGUGGUGCAGAGUGUAGAGAUCAGGACGAGUUUGAGCGAAGGCAGCGAUGGGGAUAGUAAAGAAGAGGAUGAGAGACGGAUGAACAGUUCAAGGGGGUUGAGGGGGAUAAGGAGUGAAGAUGAGGGAAGGUUGAGAGGGAGACAGGAUACGAUCUCGGAGGAUGAGNGGGGCAGGGCGACGUUGCCGUAUGAGCGGUUAUGA